AUGGGUCCCGACCAGAAGGCCCUGCUGGCCGAGCUCGACAAGCGCUUCGCCGCCCAGGACAAGCGCUUCGAUGGUCUGGAGCGGAAGCUCGAUUCCACGGCGGCGAAGCUCGAUUCCAUGGCGGCGUCUUCUUCCACCCGUCUAGAUGCCUUGGAGUCUGCAACCAAGGUGUUCGACGAAUGGCGCCCGGGCGUCGACGGCGUCAUCGACGACCUUCGCCUCGAAGUCACCAAGCUCGCAACUCUCAAGCUCGAAGUGGGGAAGAUCUCCAAGUACAUGGAACGCUCCAUGGUGGAUGGGCCGUCUGCAACUCCCAGGGUGAUAGCGACAGCGCCCGCCACCAAGUCUGCUUCGGCUCCUGCGUCGCCCUACGCCUCGCUCCGCGACGCCAAGCCCGUCGUCACUCCGCACUUCAGAUCUGCCGGCUUCGGCGACAUUCUUGCUGCCCCGCGCCCAUCUGCGGGAUAUGCAGCCCCUCGGCCCAGUGGGCACCGCGUUGACAUCAUGAACCGGGAAGGUGCAUUCGGAGUGGUUACCACUCUGAUUCCACCUCCCGGUCUCGAUUGGCUGGCCAGUUUUAGCCCGAUGCAAGUUCACUGGGCUCAAAAAUGGAUCUCCAUUCCAUACGAGGGAGCUACAGCCAUAUUGAUUGGAGAUUCCGCAGACCUUCCAGUGGGCUCUGUCAUUCUGCUCUGUCUGGUACAGCAUGAUGAGUCUUCCUAG